GGAGAGCCGUAAAGCGGUGUGUUGUGAUGAGAGAGGUCAUUGGAAAGUGAGCACAGAGCUACCUGGGCUGGUUCGGGGGACAGAAAGAUACUUUAUUGCUACCAGCUAUUCCGGUACCGGAGUAGAUCCAGCGGGAUCUAAAAGGUAUUUAGCGACUAAACUAACCAAGACGAAAUGCUUCGUCUCGUCCUGCGGCUGAGGAAUUCUUCAGCGAUUCCCCGGUGCCGUGGUGCCCUACCGGGGCCUGCCCUGAGCCCUCGCCCCUCUCCGGGACCUUGUCAUCCGAGGCUUUACCACGGUUUUGUCCGGUCAAGGGCUGUUUGCAAUGGAGGUAGUUUGAACACCGUGGUGUUCGCCAGCAGAACGGCCCUGUCCGCCAGCGGCACCCAGCGCUUCUACAGCCUACCACCGCACCAGAAGGUGGAGCUGCCUGCUCUGUCCCCCACCAUGCAGACUGGAACCAUCGCUCGCUGGGAGAAGAAGGAGGGAGACAAGAUCAAUGAGGGAGACCUUAUCGCUGAGGUGGAGACUGACAAGGCCACGGUGGGGUUUGAGCUGCUGGAGGACUGUUACCUGGCUAAGAUCCUGGUAGCUGAAGGAACUGCAGUUUCCGUGGGUUCUGUCAUCUGCAUCACUGUCGACAGUGCUGAUCUGAUCCCAGCCUUUAAGGACCUGACGUUGGACAAGCUGGCUGCUGGCUCCGCCCCUUCUGCAGCUGCCCCGCCCCCUCCCCCGCCCCCUGGCAGCUCCCUACCAACCCACAUGAAGGUGUGUCUGCCAGCCCUGUCUCCUACUAUGACCAUGGGGACGGUGCAGCGCUGGGAGAAGAAGGUUGGAGAGAAACUCAGUGAAGGAGAUUUACUGGCAGAGAUAGAGACAGACAAGGCUACCAUCGGGUUUGAGGUGCAGGAGGAGGGUUACCUGGCUAAGAUCAUGGUGUCUGAGGGAACACGUGAUGUUCCUCUGGGGGCUCCUCUCUGCAUCAUCGUGGAGAAGGAGAGUGACAUCGCUGCCUUCAGCGACUACGUAGAGACGGGAGGGGCUGAGGUCUCUACCCCGCUACCAGCCCCAAUACCGGUUGCAGCCCCCAGUCCUGCAGCAGCUAGCCCAGCUCACGUAGCCCCGGCAACCACUCCUGCAGCAGCUAGCCCAGCUCACGUAGCCCCGGCAACCCCACGGAAAGGGCGUGUCUUCGCCAGCCCGCUAGCCAAGAAGCUCGCUGCCGAGAAGGGCAUUGACCUGGCCCAGGUCAGUGGCUCCGGUCCUGAUGGUAGAGUCACCAGGAAAGACAUUGAGACUUUCGUCCCCCCCAAGGCUGCCCCUGCUGCUCCUGUUGCUGCAGCUCCUCCUUCCCCGGCUAGCCACGCCCCUAGACCUACCCCGGGUGUUGCCGCGCCAACAGGCACCUUCACUGACGUUCCUAUCAGCAACAUCCGCAGGGUGAUAGCCCAGAGGCUGAUGCAGUCCAAACAGACCAUUCCCCACUACUACCUGUCUGUUGACGUCAACAUGGACCAAGUCCUAGAACUACGCACUGAGCUCAACGCUGAGGUAAAGACCCAGAACAUCAAGCUGAGUGUGAAUGACUUCAUCAUUAAAGCCAGCGCUCUGGCCUGCCUCAAGGUCCCGGAAGCCAACUCCCAAUGGCUCGACUCAGUCAUCCGACAGAACCAUGUGGUGGACGUGAGUGUGGCGGUGAGUACACCCAACGGUCUGAUAACGCCCAUCGUGUUCAACGCCCACACCAAGGGACUGGCUGCUAUCAGCUCUGAUGUCUCAGCCCUGGCUGCCAAGGCCCGCGACGGGAAACUCCAGCCGCACGAGUUCCAGGGAGGCACGUUUACCAUCUCUAACCUGGGAAUGUUUGGCGUCAAGAACUUCUCAGCCAUCAUCAACCCUCCCCAGGCCUGUAUCCUGGCAGUAGGGGGCUCAGAGAAGAGACUGCUGCCUGCUGACAAUGAGAAAGGGUUUGACGUGGCCAGCAUGAUGUCGGUGACGUUGAGUUGUGACCAUCGCGUGGUGGACGGAGCGGUCGGAGCUCAGUGGCUCGCAGAGUUCAGGAAGUUCCUGGAGAAGCCUGUCACCAUGCUGCUCUGAUUGGAUAACACCCUCACCAGGCCACACUGUGGUUGGCUGGAGCCGUCGCCAAGCUGAUUGGUGGAAACCGUUCAUCAUGUUUCUGUGAUUGGCUGGCCCACCACAAGGACACUCCCCCCUCCCCCUUAAAGGGGUGAGGCAGGACUCACUCCCCUCAGAAUAUAAGACACUUUUCCCUCUAUCUCUGUCUCUCCCCCCUCCAUAACUGUAUUUAUUGACAUAGUUACAGUUUAGCCCAGAGGCUGUGAUGUCACUACAACGUUGUUUAUAAAGGUAACUGUUACAGUUGGGAGAA